AUGACAGAAUAUCGUACUAUGCUUGAACAAGGUGCUAAUGUCCCGAAGUCUCUCAACCAGAAAAAUAUUUUAGACUUACUGUGCUGCACAAGCUUUACAUCUCGAUCUAAUUUUUUGAAGCACCUGUUCAUAUGCGAAAAGCGUCAUGAAAAUGAUCUUCAGAGAAGGGCGGGAAAGGUGAGACCGACAACUGAAAAAGACCCUGCGUCAUCUGAUCGUAUUUUGCGAAUGAUUGAUGAGAAAUACGCUCGUUUACAUUGGGAUUUUUGGUUGGCUUCUGAAGUCAAAUGUCCUGAAUCAUCUCAACCUUUACUAUUCGACUUCUCCUUUGAAUCUGAGAUGAGACUGGUUGAUAUUAAAUCCCUUUCAAAACAAAUGACGCACGUACUUCAGAGAAACCGUUUAAUGCGACCACAUCCAUUCCACAUGGUGCUUUGUGGUUUAAAACAAGGAACAAACCAAUUUGCUCUUAUGGAAGAAGCUUUUGGAAUAAAUGGAAAGGAAUCAAAGGUAGGAAGCUUAUUCAAUUUUCCGUGGACAAUUACUCCAAAUCACUUUUCCAGUGAAUAUCCUAUUAAUGAUCCAGAACAGCCUGUUAUUCUGUUGUCUCCAAAUGCUCGUCGUACAUUUGACGCUGGUGAGUAUGAUCAUAAUGCUGCUUAUGUCAUUGGUGCAAUAGUGGAUAAAGCUGUUCGAAGACCAAUAUCUUCGGCAAUAGCACGACAGUUAGGUAUAAAAUGUAUUAGUUUGCCUCUGGAUCGCUAUUUAAAAUGGGGAAGUGGUAGAAGUAAAACAUUAACCAUCAACUGUAUACACGGAAUAAUGGCCACAGCUAAAGAAACUAAUGGAGACUGGAAGACAGCUCUUAUAGAAAAUAUACCUUCGCGGUUUUACAUUUCACCGACCAAAACAAAAUAUUCGUUUGUCUAUAAAAACUUCUAA